AUGCCCGAGCCAUACUCCCCAAUCCAACAAUUCAUCCGUCCCCUGAAGUCGAACGGCAGGAAGUCACGGUGUGCACUGCGCGCCGUCUCCGAAGAAGAUGAAUUCCCCUCUUCCUCCCUACUGAAUAAUAAUUCCACUCUCCUUCGCGAGACAACCAUGUACGCGCUCACCCAGGCCUGUCGGCUUCUUGUUCAACGCGUCAGAAAGGACCAAAAGAUGUGGAAGGUCGACCGAGAUGGGGACGUCGUCGUAUAUCCGCGUCGUAGCCUCCAUGACAGCGAGUAUAGCUCUUCUCCCUCUCCUCCUGCUCACAAGCCCAAUUCCUCGCCAUCUUUUGACGAGGAGAGCGUCUCGCGCUUCCGAUUCUCUUUCACCAUUCCCCUUCCUCCGACUUCAGAGAGUGGUGAUGACACUCAGGAGGGCGAUGAUUCCACCAAAAUGAAGGAACGUGAUGACUGCAACUCAGCAGAAGAGUCUUCCAGCGAGGAAACCAUCUGGCGAAAGUUCAGUGUUCUCUCUGUCUCCCCUGAUCCUUCUUCCCAUUCAUCUCACUAUUGA